GGGGAGGGGCAGCGGGUACCGAGGCACGUGCCAGUUGGCGCCCUCCUGGCCGCCAACCUGAAAUGGGCUCUGUACACAUAUGAGGAUGGCUCUGAUGACCUCAAGCUUGCAGCCUCCGGAGAAGGGGGCUUGCAGGAGCUUUCGGGCCACUUUGAGAACCAGAAGGUCAUGUAUGGCUUCUGCAGCGUCAAGGACUCUCAGGCUGCCCUGCCAAAAUACGUGCUCAUCAACUGGGUAUGCGGCUUGCCACCUGACCUGCCCUUUUGCCCGCUGAAGGGCGUUGACGUGGUCGUGAACGCCAGCAGCGUGGAGGACAUCGACGCGGGCGCCAUAGGCCAACGGCUCUCCAACGGGCUGGCGCGGCUCUCCAGCCCUGUGCUGCACCGGCUCCGCCCGCGAGAGGAUGAGAACGCCGAGCCCGUGGGCACCACCUACCAGAAGACGGAUGCGGCCGUGGAGAUGAAGCGGAUCAACCGCGAGCAGUUCUGGGAGCAGGCCAAGAAGGAGGAGGAGCUGAGGAAGGAGGCGGAGCGGAAGAAGGCCCUGGACGAGCGGCUCCGGUUUGAGCAGGAGCGCAUGGAGCAGGAGCGGCAGGAGCAGGAGGAGCGCGAGCGGCGCUACCGGGAGCGCGAGCAGCAGAUCGAGGAGCACAGGAGGAAACAGCAGUCUUUAGAAGCCGAGGAGGCCAAGAGGCGGUUGAAGGAGCAGUCCAUCUUUGUGAGUUCC